CCGAGCUCCGGGGCCGGGCGGCUGGUCCUCUGCGCCGGGGUUUCCUCUCCAUCAGGACCGUGGGAGACAUGCGACGCCUGGGAGGAGGAGGAGGAGACGAACUGGUCCGGCAGACACCUGAGAGCCGCGUCUGACUUUGUUUCCGUGCCGUCAAACAGAGGUUGAUAUCGUGGUCAUCACUAUGACUGAUGGGGAUUAUGACUACCUGAUAAAACUCCUUGCCCUGGGGGACUCCGGCGUGGGGAAGACCACCUUCCUGUACCGAUACACAGACAACAAGUUCAACCCCAAGUUCAUCACCACAGUCGGCAUCGACUUCAGGGAAAAGAGAGUGGUGUACACGGCGUCCAACCCCAAUGGGACGACCACAGGGAAGACCUUCAAGGUUCACCUCCAGCUAUGGGACACGGCCGGACAGGAGAGGUUCCGCAGCCUGACGACGGCGUUCUUCAGAGACGCCAUGGGCUUCCUGCUGAUGUUCGAUCUCACCAGCCAGCAGAGUUUCCUCAACGUCCGGAACUGGAUGAGUCAGUUACAGGCCAACGCCUACUGUGAGAACCCAGAUAUCGUGCUGGUGGGGAACAAGGCCGACCUGGCCGACCAGCGGGAGGUUCAGGAGAAACAGGCCAAAGAGCUGGCCGACAAAUACGGGAUCCCGUACUUUGAGACGAGCGCGGCCACGGGGGCGGAGGUGGACAAGGCGGUGAUCACGCUGCUGGACCUGGUCAUGAAGAGGAUGGAGCAGUGCGUCGACAAGCCGCCGGUCGAGCCCGCCAACGGGAACGGGGCCACAAAGCUCAGUGAAGCUCCGCCCAACGAGAAGAAGUGUGCGUGUUAGGUCAAGAGGCGUUCGAGGAAUCGACCUGUCGGCGCUCGCCCAUCGUCCUCGUCACGUUCCCUCCAUCGUUUACUUUCCGGCGUCCAUGUUUGAUUGCAUGUUUCUUUGUCGUCUCUCUAAAACUAACCUUUAACCUUCUUCUUCUUCUUCUUCUUCUUCUUCUGUUCCCCGGUGAACUGUCGCCUCUCUGACCACAAAGCAGUUUAAUCACUGUCACACACAGAAUGUGCCUCGUUUGAAACAAGCAGCUUCACGGUUCACAGGUUUGAACGAUUCAAAUGAGUUCAAACGGUCAAAACUUUAGUUUUUCAACUUGAAUCUGGUUCAUAGAGAGUUUCCUCUGGUCCGACUGAUUCUUAGUUUUCCCCCUUUUGCACUGUGUUCGAUGCUGUACCCAUAUUUUCCAGAAAUAAGCUCAAGUGUGUCUCUUAGCUUCUGUAGCUAUGUUUAGACAAAAAAUAGCUAAUCCACAAUAAGCUGUCCAGAUUAUAUUCAGCCGAUAUUCACGUGACACCGAGACAAAGCAGAGGAACGUUUAAAGCCCCCGUAGAGUUUUCAUCUGCGUCUUAUUAGCCAAGUAUUAAGCAGCUAAUGUAGUUAGCCACAAACCAGCUAAAGUUCUCACCUUUGUUAGCAGUGGCUACCAGCUGCGUGCUAAUAUUGAUAAAGGCCGUUGAGCAAAACUUAUGUAACUAAACUUUUAUUACAAAAGUUAAGCUUUUCAAAGUUUAGCCAAAAUAGGUUUUGUUGACAAAAGUUCAGCUUACAAACAUUUAGCUAACAGAAGAUUGUCUUUUUAGAAGCUAAACUAAAAGUUAAACUAUAAAAGGUAUCGCUAACUACGUUAAAGAUACAAAAGUUUAGUUUUAGAAGUUAACCUAACAAAACUUGAGUAAACACGACGCGCACUCCUUUGCUGUUUUUGUUUUGUUCGUAAAGAACUGACGGAUGAUUCUUUAGAAAUAGUAUUUAUUCAUGUUUAUACAUGUUGACGCAGCUAAUUCUCCAUCAGACGUCCAUCUUGUGUUGUGGGUACAGCAUGGUGCAUGUGGAGUUCUGGGAAAAAUCCUGCGUCGUAAGUUAUCAACUGAGCUUCACCGGCCAGGAGUCACGUAUUGUUCCGAAAGGAUCGACUGCCUCGGCUCUUAAAGCGUCACUCCACUGUGGAGCCACAGAAUUCAGCCAUCUUGUUUUCUCUGUGGCUACAUCGUCACUAUGACUUACGAACAUUUAACUGAAAACAAACCUGCAGCACAGUCUGAACGAUUUCACGUUAUUUCACAGACAGGAAAACAUUCGAGGUAAUUAAAGCUUCACAAGUUGUCAUAUUUCACAUUUUUGUUGUUUUUUGUUUUCUUGCUCACGUCCAUCGAGAGCAAAUGAUCUCAACUGAAGCCGUCACGUUAUCCCAAAAAUACAAAUUUGUUAAGACUUUUUUCGGGCUGAACACUUGAAGUCGUAUUCCGUCGUGCGGCUCCGUCUUGUUUUUGUUUUGUUGAAUAACGAACAAUUUCACAGUUGGUGUGUAGAAACUUCACGAUGCCCGAGCUCGGUGGAAAUCGUUCGUCUUUUAGUCGCUAAAUAGAUGAAAAUUUACCGAAUUUAAAUUGGUCACGAGAUGAUUUCUUUAGUUUCAGGUGCGACUCAACGAUUUCCCUCAUGUCAAGUGAAACCUUGAUCUGCCUUACUUCAUGAACAAUCUUGAGCCAAGUUGAGUCGCACCGGAAACAACCGAAAUCUUCUGUUCUCAUUGUUGUUUCGUUCUUUAACUUUAACCAGAAUUUGCCAAACGGCUGAACGCUAACGUUUAUAAUGUUUGGUUAAUUAACGGCACAGUCAUCACCUCUACGUAUGUUUAAUCUGUGCCAAACGAAAACGGCCUCGUUCUGCUUUUCACUCCGAGUAAAAAUCUGCCUUUCGGUUAAAACGUGUUUUUCCGUGUGUUGUUAUUUUUUAUUUUAAAGCCAAACAGAGUUAUUUGCCAACAGCUGAUCUCGGUGCCAUACACAACACUAAUACGUGUCUACGUGUUCAGACAGUGUCUCAGUCUCCACCAGUUAUUUAGCAGCAUUAUAACAAUAAUGUUCUCAGAAACGAUCGUGUCUCUGUAGGUUUGUUGUACAGUUUCAUAAUUUAUGUUUUCAUGAUGUACAGGUUAUGUUUUUUUUCUAUAGUCUAUGCAUUUCUAAACAUUUAACAGAGCACGUUUUGUUUUGUCUCAGUUUUCAUUCACUAAGUCAAUUGAGUUUAUUUAAGACCUGGAACAUUGUGAAAGCUACAAAACACUUGGUCUUAAAGUUCCACUUUCCUCACCGGUUGAUAACUGUCGGCGGUUCGAUGCCGGGCAGGUAGAGUACAGGCAGAUUCUACAUUCAGAAAACAUCUGCCCCCUGCUGGCGUGAUGAGACAGAACCAGACAAUGAGCUGCAGGAGGUUAAAGCAGCGAGUUCACUCUGAGUUUAACCUUUAAAAAUACAAACUCCAUCCAUCAUUCAUAGAAACAUACUGAUCAAUGUCAUUAUAAUUAAUUUUCAGGUUUGGAAAUUGUUGAAAAAUCGUCUUUUCUUUGUAAAAUGAACAGUUACUAAGGAGGAAAUUAAAUGAUUUGCCUUUUGAAUGUCAUGUAGCCAAACGUCACAAUUACUUCGGAGGAAUUCAGUCAUUUCAAUGAAUUCAUGUUACAUUAAACUUAAUAAAACAAGCAAACAUUUAAAAUGAUCAGAUCGAAUAAAGCAACUCGGCACAAACAACUCGAGCAUCGACCGAAUCUCUGAAUUUAUGGAAAUGAUCGGUUUUGAUAUUCACAUUUAAAAAACGUCACAGUUCAAAUUCUCCAAAUGAAAAAAGCUUUUCUGAACCGAUGCCUUUCGAUCGUGACAAUCGUCUGAACCACGUCAGCAGAUUUAACCAGAAAUCAUCUUUAUUUAGAUCACUUUGUUUCUUCUGUAGCAUCGAGUUCAUCAACCUCAUUCUUGAAUUCACUUGGAGAGUUCACACAGUGUGAAGAGUCAUGUCGUGCCUGUUAGUAACUGAUCCCCUGUUACGUCUGUGAGCUACUGAAUAUUUUAACGCAUUAUUGAUUAUAGAUUACAAACCAGAGGAGAGCAGAAGUCCGGAUGUUGUUUUUGGGCCCGAUUUAUCAAAACAACUAAUUAAUUCCAAGUACUUCUAAGAGCUUUUAUUUUUGAAAAUUCUCUGUGUGUGAAUUCUCUCUGAUGCCUGCGGUUUGUACACGUUUGUUCCGUUGUCGCCGUGCGUAUUGAUGCCUGUGUGUGUUUGUUGGGUUUGUUGCACCGUCAGCAUGUUCGACACCAUGAGAAAGGAAUGACCUGUGAUGUGUUUCGUGUUUCUGAUGUCUGAGCUGCAAAUAAAUCUCUGUGGUUGUUUUUAA